AUGAGCAUAUUGAAGAUGAGAGCAUGGCAAGAAAAGUACAAGUCUUAUCCUUACCCCAUGCUGGAUGAGGGAAUCUCCACUAUUCUGUCUUCCAGUUUGCUGAACUGGGGCUAUGGAUGCUGGCCUGUGACUGGAGUUCACCAGACCAGACCAGAUGCCAUGGUUCACAGUGAAGUCAGGUCUCUCUCUUUCCGUGUUGAUGGCGCUCUCACAAACACGGUGAAUAUUCCUAAAACCUGCUGGACUUUCUGUAAGGAGCUGGGCAAGCACCAACCCCACAAAGUGACACAAUACAAGAAGGGCAAGGAGUCUCUGUAUGCCUGGGGAAAGCGGCUUUAUGACAGGAAGCAGAGUGACUAUGGUGGGCAGACUAAGCUGAUUUUCCAGAAAAAGGCUAAAACUACAAAGAAGACUGUGCUGAGGUUUGAAUGUGUUGAACCCAACUGCAGAUCUAAGAGAAUGCUGGCUAUUAAGAGAUGCAAGCAUUUUGAGCUGGGAGGAGAUAAGAAGAGAAAGCACCAAGUGAUCCAGUUCUGA